AUGAGUAACAUGAUGAUCAGUACCUCACCUUCAUCUUCUUCCUCGUUAUCAUCAUCAUCACCCACCACCACUAGUUCACAAUCAAGUCGUUACGAUUCAUCUUUGGGAUUAUUGACGAAAAAAUUCAUUUCACUUUUACGAUCUAGUCGACAUGGUGAUCUUGAUUUGAAUUCUGCAGCUGCCCAACUCAAAGUACAAAAACGAAGAAUAUAUGAUAUCACCAAUGUUCUUGAAGGGAUUCGUUUAAUAGAGAAGAAUUCUAAGAAUCAUGUUCGAUGGAUUGGAAAAUCAUCUUUUAAAAAGAUCAAUGGACCCAGUACCAUGGCAACAGCAGACAAGCGGGCGGAGCUAGAAACCCGGCUAGUGGCACUACGCAAGCAUAAUCUAGCCCUUGAAAAGGAGCAUGAUCAUCUGAUGCGCAUCAAACGCCAAACCGAGGAUCACGUUGACCAUGCAUUUAAAAAUCGUAACUGUUACAUGACCGUCAAAGAUAUUUUGAAUUAUAAUACUUCCAAUCAUACAAACGGAAGUACCCGAAAUGAUAUGUUAUUGGUGGUAAAUGCUCCUUUAGGAACGGAUGUUUCUUUUCAACAACAACAACAUCGGUAUCAAAGAUCAUCCUCCUCUCGAAGAUAUACCCCGUAUUCUACCGCUUACAAGAAUAAAUGUUAUAUUCAAGCUCCAUCCAAUUCAAAUCAAUCACUUCAAGUAAUAACAUUAUCACCACAUCGAUCAAAUUAA